UAACAUUUUAUCUAUGCACCCGUCGGGCUACGCGAAUUAUCAACGUUUUCACUACCAACUCUAACAACAAGCAAUUGUGGCCUGGUUGCUUGUCGUUUUCACAAGAAUACGGAAGUUUCUUUUACGUUAAGACAUGGCUAAAGAAGCUCAGAAGAGCCGCAAGCCCCCUAACACCUCUUUUCGUCAACAAAGACUGAAAUCAUGGCAACCUAUCCUUACCCCGAGGACCGUUCUUCCUCUCUUGUUCGUUCUCGGAAUCAUUUUUGCACCAAUUGGCGGCGGAUUGUUGUACGCUAGUUCCCAGGUACAAGAACUCGUUAUUGACUACACGGAUUGUUCGUCGGUUGCUACUAGUACUUACAGCGAAAUACCUAAUUCGUAUGUGAAGAGCAGAUUCUCGAAUAUGCAGUCCAUUUACGGAAAUUAUGUGCCUCACUGGAAAUUAAUUUCAGUGUAUGACUCAUCUCUGAGCACGGACGUGACCACUUGCCAAAUCAAAUUUGCUGUGCCCGUAAAUCUCAAUCCUCCGUUGUUUAUGUACUACCGUUUAACGAACUUUUACCAAAAUCAUCGGCGGUACGUCAAAAGCUUAGACGAAGAGCAAUUGCGUGGAGAGGCGCGUACAGCAGAAGAUAUUAAAGGAGGUGGAUGUUCGCCAUUGGAAACAAACGAAGAUGGAAAACCCUACUAUCCAUGUGGUCUCAUUGCUAAUUCUUUAUUCAACGAUUCUUUCUCAUCACUAGAACGCUUGGAGGGUGGAAACGAUUCUCUUAACGAAUUCGCCAUGUACGAUACAAACAUCGCCUGGCCCUCCGACAAGCACAGAUUCAAGCGCACCCAGUAUCAACCAGAUGAAGUUGUUCCUCCGCCUAACUGGGUUGCCCGCUAUCCCAACGGUUACACGGUCGAGAAUAUGCCUGACUUGUCGUCGAUGGAGAAUUUGCAGGUUUGGAUGCGUACCGCAGGUUUGCCAACCUUUAACAAACUUGCCCGCCGGAAUGACGUUGAUGUGCUAGAGGCCGGUUUGUAUUCCGUAAAGAUUGGUCUUCAUUUCCCGGUUAAAGCAUAUGAUGGCACGAAGAGCCUUGUACUCACUACGCGUUCCGUCCUAGGUGGCAAGAAUCCAUUCCUAGGCCUCGCGUAUAUCAUCGUGAGCAUCAUCUGCGUAAUUCUUGGCAGCUUGUUUACUAUCCGGCACCUUUUCCAACCGCGAAAACUGGCUGAUCAUCGUUACCUGACAUGGGAUACCGAAACUAAUAACCUUGCUCCGCGUACAGAGGAAAGAGUAUAGUUGGGUGAGCGAAAUGUCUAAUACAAAUGUGACGUACGUUUCCAUAAGCAACCAUACGUUGUUUGCUUUCACUUUCACAGCCUCUUUCCUUAACUGUUUUUCAUUGUCCGUGUCAGCAACCACUGGAAGAGCCUCUCUACUCCAGGUGGUCCCUCUUUCUUGUCCCUCCUGAACAUCAAUACAGACUUCUUUGGCCCAUUGAUUUACGUUUUACCGAUUUUGGUUUUGCAUCAUCAUUCAUUUUCUUUCAUUUUACAAACCAUUCCUACUUAUUUACUACAAUGUCUUCCUUUCUCCGUUACAUAUGCAUACACGCACGCACUCUCGGAACUGCUCUUCAUCAUUGCUCAUCGCGUUUGACAGUUUCAGUAGUAUUCUUCCACACCGGUUAAUCGUCGCGACGUAGCGAUUAUAAAUGUUCUUGGAGGACUCUAAAGCAAGUCUUAAAACGGCUUCAUGCUCUUUACCGAUGUGUUCGUAUUACGGUCUAUGCUCCAGGCACUCAAUUGUUGGAUCCAAUCAUUUGAACCUCGCUCAAAAACGCUCACAUGAAUUUCUAUUUUAGGAACAAAACCUCUCAUUCAUGGACUGCUGAUUGAGCAUGCUUUCGGUUUUGUCCUAGUCGGGUGUCUUGUUAGUGAUCGUAUCUUUUGGUGGUCAGUGGCAGCCGUUGCAUUUUUUGUGCUGAGCGACAUCUAGCCAAAACCAAAUAGAAAAAAUGUCGGACCUGGCUGAAAAGGUUGCUGAGAAGCUU